AUGGCGCUGUGGCUCCGCGACUCGGAAGCUAGCGAAUGUUACCGCUGUGGCGUGUCCUUCUCAGCCCUGAUCCGCCGACACCACUGCAGACAAUGCGGUCUAAUCUUUUGCUGGCGCUGCUGCUCCCUAUGCAGGGAGUCGAGGGGCCCUCAUGCGGAAGGCGCUCUGAAGCUCUGUCUCGCGUGUCUUUUUCAGAAGAAGCGACAGAUAAGGCUGUUGACCCCCUUGUGUCAGCAGCAACAAGAUCUGGACGCAAUGACGGAAUGGAUGCAACACGCAUGGGAAUCUUCCACCGGGGGCCCCAUACAUGACUCGGGCUGUCUUGACACCCCUAACCCCAUGGUUCCCCUGCCUCCUCCAGCUGAUGCUGGUGAGACGAGCCGUUGCAGUCACACGAACUCGCAGGAGAGGCUUUCAGGGGCUUCGAGGGAGGCUUGCCCCAACGGCCUGCAUGCGAUGCGUCUGCUGAGAGAAAGUGUUUCUGCACACUGCAUGCUGGAAGGCAUCCCCGCAGCCGCCGUGACAGUACUGCUGCACCUUGUCGUUCGCGCUAUCUCCGCCGUGCAGCUACCCCCCUCUGCUGCUCGCUCCCUUGGAGAUGCCGUUUACAUUUGCUGCACCAGGGGUGAAGACAUCCGACAGUCGCACACGCUCUCUGGUCUAGCAGUCCCCUUGAUGCUGCAGCACAAGCAGCAGCAGCAGCUGCUGCCCAUGCGAAAAGCUCGGCUCCUGCUGCUGGCUGGGAAUUUAGACAUGCAGCGCAAAUGGGGCUUUAAAGACUUCCCGGGGGCCAGUGUUCCGGUGCUCCAAGGGGGCCCCCUUGGGGGCCCUGGGGGGCCCCCUUCCGAUGAGGGGUUUGCUCGGCUCGAAGUCGAGAAGAGACGGCGAAGCCUCGCAUUACAGGUGCUGCAGCGACAGUUGGCCUUGCUGCAGCCCGACGUUCUGCUGCUUUCCGGAGGUGUUUCUCAGUCGCUGUCAAUCUACUUGGCUAGUCUUCGGGUAGUCGUAAUACCGGGUGUCUCCGUUGCCAACUUGGUGAGGGCGAGCAGGGCCAUAGGGGCCCCCCUAUGGGCGUCUCUUGAAGUUGCAACGACCUCUUUGCUGAAAAACGAGAAAGCCUUGGGCUGGUGCUCCGUAGAGUGGGGGCCCCCCGCCCCUGGCGCGUCUGCACACCUCAUUCUCUCCGACUGCCCCCCCUUCCGCCUCUGCACGAUCUGUCUUGUCCUCCCGCCAUCGGCAGACGCUGCGCGGGCUGCUGCGAAGGCGUCUGUAGCUCUGGCAGCAGAGCCGCUCACAGCAGUAGCCGCUGCAGCCGCAGCAGGGGCUGCCGCGCAAGAGCGAGCAGCGCAGAGGUACAAAAGGGUUCUUUGGAGGGCCCUUUGGACUGCUUUUGGCCUGCAGCAGCAACUCAAAUUCGUUGCUGCAUGCUGCUAUCCAGGGAAUCACCGUCUCUGGGCACCGCUGAAGGACGGGAAACAAGCGUGCGACGACGAUACAGACACAGCAAUCAAGCAGCUGCAAAGGCCCAAUAGUGUGUUCUGCCGUGCAAUUGCUGGCGAUAACCGCCUAGAGAACAUUGCAGCAGUGCUAAAAAAGGAGUUUCGGGGGCAGACGCUAGUGCAGUGGCUGCGGUCUUGCGGUUCCUCGUUGGGGUCAAGAAGCCCCAUGGACCUGGUCCGUCGGCUGCUGCAGUGUAUGUACACCGAGACACACCCGCGGCAGAGCUCGAAGGAGCCUUCAAACGCGCCAGCCGUAGCAGCAGCAGCAGCGGGAAAUCACGGCAAUGUCGCUGGUUCAACGCAGCUACAGUUCCUAAUGCUGGUGGAUGCUGCAGAUUCUCCAAAGGGCAGUGAUGGACCGCCAAGAGUUUCCCAGGAGGACCUCUGCUUCCCAGAUCACCUCCGCGUCACCCCUCCCGGCAGGCUCUGCUGCAGUGCAGAGGCCCCCCAGCAAUAUGAGGAUGCGAAUUCUGCUGCCUUCGGCGCAGACGGUGCGGAACCUGGAGAUGCCGAUUCAACUUGGAGUCGCCUCCUGGAGGAGGCCUUUCUCCUGGAGGCGCAAAGGCCCUCCUACGAAAUCAGCUGGAGCUGCCGGUUACAGCAUUGCUCCUCCGGAUAUGCGGGGGCCCCUAGUCCCCCAUGUGUGCUGUCUUUCAACCCCUUUGGCGCGACGCUAGGCGAAGUCCUAUGCAGCUGGACGCGCUUUAUUCUGCAGCAGCCUGGUGCGCGUCGCUGUCCAGCCGGAGAUGCUAGAUGCAAGCGGCCGCUCUCCGAGCACACGCUCGCUUUUUCGCGCGAUACUAACCGCGUUCUCAUCACCUUCACUGAAGGACUCCCCGCGCACCCUGGGGGGCCCUCUCAUGUGUCCAGUCCGAUCCUGCGGUGUAGCAGGAUUGACGGAUCCCCUAGUCUGUCUUCGGGGCUUCCUGAUGCAGCAGGAGCAUCAGCUAGAGCAGCAGCACCAAGCAAUCCGGUCAGUCCGCAUGCGCCUCGGGCUGCCGCAGCGUCUAGCGAGGCAAGUUCUUCUCCAGCAUCAAAAGAUCUCGACGCAGCGACAACAGCUUCAGGGGUGCACAAGGGAGCAUGCACAGGUGGGUCUGCCCAGUGUGCAACUUGGUGGCAAACUUGCAGCCGAUGUGGAGGCUCUCCCCUAGCACCGCCAGAAGAGAUUGGGCGCUUCGGGGAUAUCCCAUUUGUCCAGCUCCUAGAGCUGCUGCUUACGGACGAAACCUUGCGCGGAGACGGCACCUGCAGCGGGACGCUUAUUCUCCAAAAGCAGCAAGGCCUACAGCUGCAAGGGCAGCUGGCGGCAGGCACUGAAUCGUGGAUUCCUUCCGGGUGCUCGCAUUUGGGUAUGUCCUGCAAGCACCAGAGCCGAAGACUUUAUUCCAUAUGCCGUCAAGGGGGUUCCCAUCUGCUCCUCACUCCCGUCGCAGGGGGCCCCCCGGACUGCGACCCGACGCUAAGCUCGGAUGAGGACGCAGCAGAGGGGCCCCCAGUGGCGGCAAGACGCCUGGGAAAAGCUGUCGUUGGCAGUCCCCAGGGGGCCCCCCACUUGGGGCCCCUUGACUGCAGUGCUGGGGCGACACCUUCGGGGGGCUUUUGUUGCUUAGAAAAGGCCAUACAGAGGACUUUUGAGGCGGCUCUGAAUGCAGUCCGUGAUAGAAAGGCAAGUUGCAGGCAUGCAAUUUGCGAUAGUUUUUUAGCAGCAGCAGCAGCAGCAAUGGAGGGAGCAGCAGCCCUUGCGUCUUGGGCAAGACGAGGGGUGGAUUUUCUGUUGGUGUCUGCUGCUGCAGUGCAGCAGCAGCUGGUAGCCGUGGAUAUGCAGGAAGGGGUGGUAACGCAGAGCGGCUCCUUUGCAGCGUCUUCCACGCCUUCUGCAUCUCCUGCUCUUCCCAGUUCUGCGGAUUCACCGGCACGACACCCUCCUGGCGACGUAGCCUGGGAGCUUUGGACUGUGCUCUCUAAGCUGCUGCUUACCCUUCGACGCGAGCUGGGCGUGCUGCAGGAAGAACUGCAGCAGGCAGCAGCAACAUUGACCUUGUUUUGGUGCUCGUUGCAACAGGUUGUGGAGGCGCAUGCGGGCCCCCAGAAUCAGCAGGAGCAUGGUGGUUGCUGCGAAAGGCAGCCGAGCUGCUCAGCCUCUAGAGGGCAACACGAAAGGAGUCCAGCAAACGCAGUGCAAGCACGACGGAAGUGUGGCUGUUGGUGGGCGGCCCAAAGGCUACUGCAGGUUUGUGACUUUUCGUGGAAUUCUCUCGAGAGGAUUUUUAGGCAGCGCUUUACCGCUAUCCUCCGGAGCUUCUCCUUUGCCGCAGAGGCGGCCUUGCAGGAGUCGUCCCUGCCGAACGCCUCCGCUUGUCUCCCCAGGCCCUCUGCCAACGACACCACGGUGUGUGAGCGAGCAUCAUCUUCUGUCGGACUUGCUGGUGGGCUUGCAGGCGAAGGGCAGGCCCUAGAGCUCAGAGGUUUCGUUGUGCUAGAGAGCACAGCAAGGCUGUGUGCAGGCAAGGCCUUCCCUUUGACGCGGCGCGCAGCGGAACGUCCCAAGGGAUCAGACGCGGGAGGGGUAGCACCGGCUGCAGCAUCCACAGCACCUCCAGUCAACAAGGCACCAGCAUGGCAAGAGAGCAGUCGAUAUUUGAGCCCCGCGAUGCAAGGGGGUCACCAGCAGCUCCAGUCCGUACAGGAGGCCCCUACUGCUGCAGUGCAGGCGUGCAGAUUUGCAACAAACGGAUUACGUACGACAUCACCGACGGCAGUCUCAGGUGCAGGGGCAGAGGCAAGCCCGCGGUGUCAGCAGCAGCGCAGCAUUUCGUGCGAAGUCGUGUGGCGUCUACGCCGCAGGGAAGAGGUGCUCAAGUCCAGUGCGCGAAUGAACACGCGAGCACUGUCUCCAAUGAGGCUGCGUGACGGCGAAGAAGCGGCCUCAAGGCCUGUUGCCAGAAGUCCAGCCCCACAGGUGGUAGAGGGUUCAGGGUCGUCUGGAGCCACAAUUGGAGGCGCAGAAGGUUCUAGAAAAAAACGCGUAUCUGCUACUGCGCAAGCUGCACCAAAAGCCGUGCAUUUUUCGAGGAGUUCUAUCAGCGGUACAGCUGCCGCCAUGGAGCCAUUUGACGGUUCCCUUCGGGAGGGGCCCUGGAGGCCCCUCAAGUUGGGGGCCCUUCGGGCUAGCGCACCGGUACAGCCGACUCUACGGGGGGGUGUUCACGACACCGCAGUUAGAGAGCCAUGGUUGCAUGCGGUGGAUUCCUUCUUUGGCGGCGUGCGCGAGGAGGCUGAUUGUCUGCAGCAUCUGCAUCAAGUGACACGAGAAGCUGUGCGGGCACUGGAGGCAUCCCUGUCUUCGGUGCUGGAGGAGGCACGCGUGAUCGAUCCCAGCGCUCAAGAGGGCCUCCACGGCUGCUUGAACUCGCAGGAGGCUGGAGAUGCAGGGUCGCUCAUCGCUGCUGCCAUCCUCAGCAGACACGCGGCGCUGCAGCUGCAGCGGCGAUGGGCAACUGAUUUCUCGAAUGUGUGUGGCGGCUGCUGUGGGGGCUUUUGUGGACGCUGCACGCGCGCGUCAACGGGUUCCAAAUCUCCGGAGGCAGAGAGCACCACCUCUCUCAAGGCAUGCAAAUGCUGCCAGGGGACUUGCCCGGGUGCUCUGCACCGCGCACGAAGUCGAGCAGCGGCCCUAGGCAGCAACACGGGGAUGCGAAGGUUGCAGGAUGGUGGCCUCUUAGGAAGUGGUGGGUGUGCUCAUGGCUGCUUCCUGCUUCCGUCUGCGCUGCGCAGUCUUCUUUCGGACCAGGCAGAGGGCCUUUUGAAGGAUCACGAAGCCUCAGAGUGUUUGCCCAAAAGGAAAAGCGGCGCAGAGUUGCCAGCGUUCGCAGUGUCUGCUCCAGCGAGGGAUGGAGAUGGGGAAGUGCCGGUACCGCACACUGACGCGUCUGCUGAAGCCGUUGGUCUCCAGCAAGGGGACUGCUUCAGUUGCUGUUUGUUUGUACCGCCAUUGUGCUCCGCGCAGUGGCCUGUUGCACGCGGGGCGGAGCCAACAGGACGCAGACCACGACUUGUCGCUCUUUCUUCAGAGGACGAUUUGGAAAGAGUUCGUUUGGGCGGGGGGGGCCCCUUUGAGUCGACAAACAGGCCUGUGGCAGCGCUCUCGCAAGUACAGAGUGCAAAAGAAGAUAGCUUGCUAGUGCUUCGCGACGUGCUUGAGGCGCCAACGGACGGUACAGACCCGCAUAUCGUGGUGCAACAACUCGGAAGGGAUCGAAGUCAUACAGUGACUCUGUUCUUCGCUCCGCAGUUCCACGCGUUGCGGCAUCUUUUAUGCAGCGACGAUCUGCAAUUUUGCUGUUCGAUAAAGCGGACGAGGCCAGUAAAGCUCUAUGGGGGCAAAAGCGGAGCGUCCUUUAGCAUCUCCUCCGAUGGGCUGUAUAUUCUCAAGGAGAUAAACCGCCACGAGCUCAAGUUGCUUCUAGCACAGGGAGAUGCCUUCUUCCGUCGUUUCUCCGGGGCACUCUAUGGAUCCAGACCGUCUGCCCUUACGGCUCUCUUUGGCCUCUUUCAGCUCACGACAACCGCCAGCACAGAAAAAAAGUAUUUUGUUGCAAUGCGGAACCUCCGAUUCAGGGAAGGAGGACACCCGAAGGGACCUGUGAAGGUCUUUGACCUAAAGGGACUUGGGUGGCAGCGCUAUGUUCCUGACAAGGAAGCAACCACGUGCAGCACCACCCGAAGUAGUGGUGAUAGUGCUAGCACUAGAAACAAAGGAGCUGACGCUGUAGUGACAAGCCUAGGUGUAGCAGCAACUGGACGCAACGCACAAGCAGCAGGCACCGCGAUGCCCGCAGAAAGGACAGGCACUUCUAUGGGGCCUAUAGCAGAGGAGCAGACAGGCAGCUGCGCAGCGUCAGGAUCCUCCUUAGGAGCACCGGGAGGCAGGGAGAAGACGCGCAUACAAUCAGAUGAAACUCCAUGUCUUGCGCUGCCUGCUACCCUGGCAUGCGCCUUAUCGGCGUCUGGUGCCUCGUCUGUCGCAGUAUCGGAAGCAACCGCAGUGGUAGCAGCAGGAGAGGCUCCAGAGUCCUCGUCUGCGCAGGCUGCAUUAGAGGGCGUACCUGUACUGUGGGAUCAGAAUUUACGGGAAUAUUCUGGUGGAUUUGCGCUGUGUUUAAUUCCUCCUGACAAUACCACGCUUAUGGCCGCUCUGAAAGAAGAUCUCGAGCUUUUGCAGCGCCUCGAAGUCGUCGAUUACUCUCUGCUGGUGGUGCUGUACGAGGAGACUGGGGAGCUUUGUUUCGGGCUCAUUGAUUUCUUCCGUCGAUACACCUGGGAUAAGCAGGUAGAAAACAUUGGGAAAUCUAUUGCCUACAUGACCAGCGGACUCCAACCGACUGUCCUCUCGCCUGCAGACUACAGACAGAGGUUUGCAGAAGCCCUCGGCGGAUUCUUCACAGCUGCAGUCCCCGCAGCGCCGUUCCCUCCUCGAGAAUCCUUUGCUGCUCUCAUAAAGGGACUGUCACGGAGCAGCUCUACAUCGAAAGCUAAGGAAGAUAACGCUGCAGAUGCCGCUGUCCACGUUGCAGCUCCUAGAUAUGGCCGACCAGGGGUAACAAAGGAACAGAUAGAACGUCCUCGUGGCACUCCUGCAACAAAUGCUGACCUCGCGUCUGCUGUGUUUACGCUGACUGCGGGCUUCCCAGUAUUGAAGGACGAAUUGCCAUUGCGGACGGCUUCCAAUUCGCCUCCUAGGAACCGGGCUCCUUCUCCUGCGGCUUACUUUAGAAGCAUUAUCCUAGACCAGCAGCUGCGCGAUUCUGGAGGAAACAUUCCGUGGCCGCCUCCAGUGCAAGAGGAAAAAGCACAGCCUCCACAGCAGGUGUAUGCUCACAGGAAGUCGGAGGAGUCUGUGCUCAAUCGCUGA